CAGACACCUACUGGCAGCUGGUCCAUCCUGAGCUGAUGAUCACUGACAACGAGGAUGCUGCCAACAACUAAGCCCGUGGACGCUACACCGUCGGCAAAGGGAUCAUCAACCUGGUGGUGGACAGGAUCCGCAAGCUGGUUGACAGCUGACUGCACGCGCCAGUAAAAGGAUGACGGCACACAGAGAGAGGACGGCAUUUUUAGUUUGCUGACGGUGGAUAAUUUAAGUUCAGCGUUUUUUUUUCAUAAAUACAAGAAGGACUCAAAUAGACAUUGAGUAUUUUACUUGAAAGUAACCUUCAACCCAACGUCAACGUCUUUUUUUCGGAGCUCAAAAUGUUUUGUUGCAUGCAGAAAUGUAAUUUUGUUUUCUCUGCAGUCGUUCAUUGAUUUCAUAAAUGCAACACAUUAUAGUUUGUUUAUACAUAGCAUAAAGGCAAAAAAAACGUUAUAUGCAGUGUUAUUUCAUUUUAAAUGUCAAAAGGGUUUUGUGGCUCCCAGUGUUUUCUUUACUGUGGGAAACGGGUCCAAAUGGCUCUUUGAGUGGUAAAGGUUGCCGACCCCUGGCCUAAAACAAAGAAAUGUCAACGCAGAUUAAUUAACGGGGUUUUAUUUUGAAACCGGAAGUCAUACUUUACCUUGACGCUCGCCGCUGCGUUCCGUUAAGCUGCUCACGGUGAUAAGUAACAGACAGGUCAGAGGCAGUCGGAUCCUGCUCGUCAAUAGAGGACUGACGUGCAGCAGACGUUGAGAGGACAGCGCGAUCUCUUUCUUUUAUAAACACCGACAUCGUUUCUUAAUGCUCGCGCAGUUGUGAGCAGACAAGCAGACAAGAUGAUGAUCUCGCCGUGGGACCGCUGGUUCUCAACAAGCUGCUGCCUGUGCUGCCAUGUCCGCACAGGAACCAUCAUCCUGGGGGUCUGGUACAUGCUCAUCAAUGCCGUGGUGUUACUCAUCCUGCUCACAGCACUCAGUGAUCCUGAGCAGUACCACCUGACCAGCGCUGAGUUGGCUAAUGACCUGGAUGUCAUGGAUGAUGCCAACAUGUGCAUCGCUUCUGCCAUCUCUCUGCUGAUGAUACUUAUAUGUGGGAUGGCAACAUACGGUGCAUACAAGCUGCGUGCCGCCUGGAUCAUCCCGUUUUUCUGCUACCAAAUAUUUGACUUUGCUCUCAACAGCCUGGUCGCUGUCAGCAUCGUGGUUUACCCAAACACGAUACAGGAUUACCUGCAGCAACUGCCUGAUAACUUCCCCUACAAAGAGGAGAUCGCUGCUCUCAGUAAUGUGUGCUUGGUCCUCAUUGUGCUGCUCUUCAUUGGCUCUAUUCUCAGCUUCAAGGCCUACCUGAUAGCAUGUGUGUGGAACUGCUACAGAUAUGUGAACAGCCGGGGUACUUCUGAAAUCCUGCUGUAUGUCACGACCAAUGACACCACGGUGCUGCUCCCUCCGUAUGAUGACAGCAUCAGCAUCCCACCCAAGCAGGCUCCUCCACCCUACCCCACCGCUACAGCAUGAAAACAUUCCCAUCAUCCUGCCGACUGGACCCUGAUGUUAAUAAAACCCCAACAAGAUUGAUGCACCACACUGCCUCUCCAGUGAACAGUAUAUUCAUUGAUAUAUUGUAGCUACAUAAACAUCACAGUACACUCAUGCAUGCACUGACACAUUCAAAAUCAUCUCACACACAUGCACACACCUCUACCACCACCGUGACCUCUCAUCCCUUCCUGUUAUUUAUUAAUGACCCAGUAUUCUUACUGUAACUCGUCCAUGCGUCCUCUCUGUUUCUGUAAUUCCAGACAUGAUGUGCGUCGUAAUGCAUUUGAACCUGGGUGCAAUAAGGCACUAGAAAGCUCGAUAGAUUCUAUAUAUUUGUAUUAUUUAUUCACACUCUGCGUGUACCUGUGACAGUAUUUAUGUGUCCUACCUUUGAUAGUCAUGUCUAACUUAAGAACAAAUGCAAAAAUGAUGAUCUUAUUGUCCACAGUAAGGAGUGUUUCCUGUUUGUCUCGUCUCUGCUCGUGAUCAGGGUUGGAUUGCCUUUAUUUGUAACUUUCUCUCUGAUGGGGUGCCCUUUAUAGGUCCAUGUGUGAAGUGUCACCUUGACUGGAAGUUUUCCCAAAGAAAAGCAUCUGCCUGUAUUCUGACAUGAUCAAAGAGCAACCUAGUGUAUAUUGAACAUAUCACCUUUUUUGACGUUGUACAACUACAAACAGAAUUGUCUUGUGUUAACCGGGAGUGUUGAGUUGUGCUUCAUAACUUUUAAAUGUAAUUGUGUGUUUCUACUGAUUGACGAGAAAUGUCUUGGGCUGCUAUUUAACUAUUUUGACAGCACAGAAGUAGCACUGAUCUGGAAUUAGUUUGCUCUUUGAAGUCACUAUGAAUGAGUUGCUCGAGGGACCCUGGUGAAAUGUCUUUAGAUCCGGCCUCUAUGUCCAGGAGCUCAAUAAAUAUGGACGCUGGUUGUGUUUUUUCAAUUAAACCAAUGGGAGCUUCUUGUCUGUGUAAACACUCAAGUCUGCUCCACCAGAUGCAGUUAUUGGCAAGCUGCUUCCUGGACUCAAUAUGUCCUGCAAGGACACAAAUGUCAAACCUGAGGGCUGCUGUUGUAUGAAAAACAAAAAUGUGACAUUUAUUUGUCUAUUAAAAUCUAAUUUCACGGACA